AUGUCGGAUUCACUUUUUAAACAGAUCGUUGCAAUUGGGCGAGUAGCGCAGAAAUGGGAGACAAUUUAUCCCGUCAAGAAAUGGAAGGCGGAUUAUGAGAACCGACGUUCCCUGACCGAUGAUGAACGAUUCCGGCUGCGCCGUGCUGUUUAUCGUUUCUGGCUUUACCAUCGUGCUUUUCACAACCGCCUGCAUGACCGAUUCGUUCGUAACCUGCGGCAUGUUGUUGCUGAACGUGCCCAACUUCUACACAACUGGUCUACGAUGGAUUUGGCUGAGAUUGAGGACCUGCGCAUGAUCAUCCGUGAUGUCGUGCAGAAUCAUAUAUGCCCGAGCAAUGGGACAAUCCAGCGCAAGUUCCGCAAGCGGUUUCCUGAAAGCAAUCAUCAGUUGACUUUCAAUAUCCACCUGAAUUACCCUGCCAACAAUGCUCCUCCCGCCUUUGACAAUGGCGUAACUACCUUUGAUCAGUAUUUCCAUACCACCCAUCCGGGCAAUUUCAGCGAAUUGCCUGCUAAAUACCGAUCCAUGUUCCGGAAUGACUUCUACCAUGACCCUGGAUUCGAAGGCUGGGGCGAUGAAAUCCCACAUUAUUACGUUGUGCAAGAUAUGAUGAAGCUUGACCCCGGUCAAAUCGUGUGGCUGCGUAAACAUGCGCCGCUCAAGGAACACGUGGAGAUGUAUGUUCAUUCCCUUGGGGAGUGGUUCCGAGACAACGGCGAGACUUUUGGGGAUACGCUCGAAUGGGUCAUGAAUGAGAGGGGGGAUGACGUGGAAGAGUUUAGAGCGUCCAUAGAAGACCGAGAUCUGGGAAUUGUGUUGGAUUAG